AUGGCCAAAAAAUCGGAGAAUAUCGGCGGAAAGCUCGUUACGGUGUCGGUUGUUGGACUAUCUGGCACCGAAAAGGAGAAGGGCCAGCUGGGCGUGGGCAAGUCGUGCCUGUGCAAUCGCUUCGUCCGCACCAACGCCGACGAUUACAACGUGGACCACAUCUCCGUUCUGAGCCAGGAGACAGGCACACUACCCACUACGCCAUUCGGGUCAUCGAGAUCGAUAAGUUUGACCUGGGCCGAUGAUGAUGAUGAA